AUGAAUUCAACAAAAAUGAGAGCUAAGAGAAUUAAAUUAGGAGAAGUAUAAUUAAGAUCCUUCUUUGCCAAAUUAAAUUAUGCAUUAUUACAUCAUUUGCUAAUUAUGAAAUAAUAUAGUUUAUAUUUGUUAAAUAAUGCACUAGGAUUCUUAUUUUGGAUAAAUUCUUAAUCCAAAAAUGUAUAGGUUACAUAAAAAAUGGUGCACUCUAAUACAAUUUUAAUUUUUUCAUUAUUGAAUAAAAGAUUGCAUUCACUAAAAUAAAAUCAUGAAAUCUAAACAAUAUGGUUUUAUUUUAAUUAAUGGAAUGUCACUAAAUAAGAUUGUAAAGUGGUUUUGCAGGAUGAUUAAAAAUUAAACUUAUUAUGUAAACCUUAACUGGUAAAAUUUAUAAAACAACUUUAUAAAAAUCAAGAAAUACAAAAAUAGAUGAUUAAAACAUCUUUUCCAUAAAUAAGUUAGAGAUUUAUGAAUAAUGUUCAGAAUUUGAUUCAUUCUCAAAGAAAUGAUUCAAAAGAGAAGGAAUAAAUUAUUUUGUCAUAGAUACAUUAAAAAUGGAAUAUGAGGAUUUAGAAGGUUGAGAGGAGAGAUAAGAAAAUUUCAUACUUAUAAUAUGGCAAGAAAAGAAUUCUCAUAUUUUGGGAUUUAUUGCUGAGAAGACAUUAAGUAAUACUAUAUAUAAAAUUCAUAACUUUGUUCUUUGUAGCGAAUUAUUUGAAAAAUAUUAUCUAGAUUGAAUCGUGUAAUUUUUGUUUUUAAUCUUGUAAGCCCAAUAUAGGUAUAAGAAUAUUUAUAAUUUUACUUUUAACAAUAGUGCAUUCGUCAUUAAGAUCAUCUAUUCUGUAAGAAUUAUGGAGAUUAUUAUUGAAUUAUUCAAGAAAACACUAAGAAGAAACAUUUUUGUGUGUGAUACUUUUCAGAAAACAACUUGAUUUAAAUUUCUUAAUGUGUUUUUUAUAGAAUCCCAUUGCUUAUUCCAUAUAUCUACCAAGACUUGAGCUUUUUCAGAAAGCUUAUGGUUAAAAUAGAUACAUGAUUCGUUUGAGGGCAUAUUAAAGUUGUAAGAAUUUUUUCAAUAUCAUUAGGUUUUAAAUUUAAAAGUCCUUGA